UCGGCUCAGGGCGCUGAGGGAUCGCUUCCCUCCCCUCAUACCUCAUACCAUGCCCUGUGAUCCCGGAGCAAGAUGCCCCGUAUCCAAAUCUGCAGGGCCGGGUGGGCCUGGGGGUGCCCCAGAGCAGGAGCUGCUCCUGCAACACUUCCAGCAUGUGCCCAUUCGCUGAAACAGCCCCAGCUGCCGAGGGCUCGGGUACAGACAGCCACGGUGAGGUCGUGGGUGUGGGGCUGCCCUCUGCAGCCGCGCUGCUGUGUGUCUCCCUGGCAGAGGGAGGGAUGCAAAAGGAGCAUCCCCUGCCUCGUGCUGCCGCUUACAGAGCACCUGGUUUUCUGGGAGAAAGCCACAGCAUUACAGUGCAUUUAUACUGCAUGAUGAACUACUCUUAUAAUGCCUGCACUUGAGGGAAUAUCUAAUCGUAGCCAUACCUGUUUGGGCAUUCAUCAGCAUGGAAACUCUGCAGCCUCUUUCCUGGCUGACACUGGGGCUGUCUUGCAGAACCCAUUUAGUCUGUCUAGACAAGUAUGAUGAAGAGUGAAGUGCCCAGAGCUCUAAAUGAUUACAGCCUGGAUAUCUCCGCAGCGCUAUGUUUGUUGUAGAGAGCUGAUAGGCAGCGUGCUCUACCUCUGGGCUGCCCUUGGGUCCUUGGUUAUUAAAUGCACAGAAAACAUCCAGCAAUGCAUGCAGGUUGGUUGCAUGUAAGAGCAAGGGAAGUGCAGCCAUCCCUUCAUCUCACAGGUGCAUGGGAGAGACACCACUGAGAGCUUAACCAGAGAAUGUACGGAGAAAAAUCUACGAGCACUCAAACCAAGGAGACUGUGGGUGUGAGUGGGAGGAGGGCACAGGGUGCAUACCUUCAUCUUCUCUUGUGUAGGGCAGCGCAGAUAUUUCUGUAGUAUCUGUGUGGCUCUUAGAAAUCCUUAAAUAGAAAGCACACACAAAAAAGCAGCAUUAUUUAUGAGCACAGAAUAAAAUCCUUAGGAUAGAAGACAAACUAUGGGUAAUGCGUAUCCUUAAUACAUAUUCAUAUGAAGCAGAGUGUAUGGAAGAGAGCAGGCUUUAGCAUAAAACAAAAUCAAGAGGGAAGCGGAUGUGUAAGUGUUCAGAAAUAAUCUGCAAGCAUCUGUCUCCAUCUUAGGUGGUUAAUGACCUUUACAAUUCCAGUCUUUAAUACCACAAACCUUUCUGCCCAUGGAUCAUCCAUCUGCCCUGUCCAGCAGCCCAGGGGAAUUCAUGAGACAGACUGAGGUGAAGACACCCCUCCAGGAUAGAGCCCCACAGCAAUAACCCCCCUUGGUUACAGACUGCAGGUAGACUGUCCUCCCAAGUGAAUCCCAGGAGGUUUCUACAGCUCUGGGAAUGACUCAUUUUCAGACAGACCACACAAAUCAUCUGUUUCAGAGUCACAAGUGUAUUCUGGAGAUGUUACACAUAAAUAUUAUUGGGAUAUGGCAGCAUGUGAGGCCAGGUGUUUAUCUAACUGUGUGGAUGGGAACAUGAGACCUGACUCAGUGAUUUGUUACCACUGAUUGAAAAGGGCUCCAGCUCCCCAUGGGCACAAGUAUGGGGCAGAGUCAGACCUGGGGUGGGUGUAUCUCCUCUGUGAGCAGAGCAGACCCAUUCUGAGAGCUGCUUAAAUCCCCCUACAUCCCCCAGCUGCCUGUUUUCAGGUCUGAACCUGGUAAAACAGAUCUGUUCUGACCUUGGCAGCUGAGCCCAGUGGGUAGGCAAAGCCUCAGGCUGUGCAAGGACUGCAAUCAGGUCCUUGAGGGAGGAGAGGAACAGUGGGGAGGUUAUUUGCACCGGGGUUAAAUACUUGUACACAUCCAUAUCCUCUCUGUCCCGUUGUGCUGGACUUGCCCAUUGAGCAUCCAAGAAAUAUUUUUCUGUGCUGCCAUCAAACAUUGAUAAAACUGCUUUCAAGUCAUCUGUGUUAUAGUGGGAAGGUGAGAAUACGCUGUGAGUGGCAGCAGCAGAAACCAACUGCAAAUCUCAGGCAAAGAGCUAUUAGAGCAACUAGGGUGUGCUGCUAAUUAGCUAACGCUUGUUCUGUUUGCUCUGGGCUCUUCAUUGCUGUUGACCAGCUAUGAAUCUUUUGCACUAUCACUGCCUGUUUACAGUACAGCUCCUAACUCAGGCAAUUAAUCAAUUUUAACAGUCUCUGCUAAUGUCCCUCUGACACCUGAGCUGCUCAGUUAAAGGAAUCUGUCUCUACUGCACAAUAGCCAAGAGGGGGAGAACACCAUAAUGAGCACAGCCUGAAUCAGAGAGAAACGCUUUACAAGCUGGCUUAGAAAAUGAACAACUUUACAGUGGCCAACGUGUAUCCAUAAGCCCCUUAUCUGGACCACAUAACGCUGGUUCUCUGCACACCACAACAUCUCUGUUGGCCAACCCAUCCCAAAUGUAUGGCACUGCUUUGGCUUUCCAGAGUUACGCUGUUACCGUCAGCCCCCAGCACAUCUGUCCAAGCAAGCAAUGUCAAUAUAUUAAGAGAAUGAAUGACACAGAUGUGAAUUUCAAAAAGAAUAAUUCAUUAUUUCCAAUUACAGAGAAUAAUUUAUAGGUGCCUGAUUUGCAAAGGGAAUAAUUUACGAUUAACCUGCAUUGCACAUGAAAGCAUUUACAGGUUAGUGUGACAACGGGGCUGUAUCGGAUGCAGCAGUUCAGGCUGGAUUUUGGGGGAAUUUCUUGUGCAAAUGUCCACAAUUUUGGAAAGCAGUGAACAUUAACAAAUGGCUGCAAAUGGGGAUAACAAAGUGCAGGUCAGAAAUAGGAUUUUUUUUCCUAAUAGUAAAAAAAAAAAAGAGAAUGCCAUGAGUGGAGACGCUCACUUGCAGCAAAUUAUUGUCAUAGCUUUGCUAAAGGAUCUCUUCCAGUGCAACCAGAAGUCAAUGGCCUUUUAACCAAGGAGUUACUUUCUCCUCAGGACUUGCUCAUCAGGUCCUAUGGCUUGUCAUUGGCCAAGACAUCAAACUAAUUGCUGCUUGCUCUAAAGACACAACAUCUCCUUCCUACAUACCUGAAAUGCAUACGGAUGCAUUGGUGCUUCCAGUUCUGCAUCACAGCCUUGGUGUCUUAAAACUGCUGGGGAAUGAAGGCCCACUGCAGCUGAAGCGCCAUUCCCUCUGGAAGGAGCACUUUGGAGUGUUAUAGCAGGUCGCCCCAAAACAAGAGCUAAGAAUUACAAAGCUCUUCCACGCCUUUCUAGUUAAUGGAAACAAUGCAUCCAUCUAUUAGAUCAAGCACAGAUACCAUCUUCUACAGUCAACACUGCAAAAGAAUCUGCUAAAGACGUCCAUUUCUGAAUCACUGAUUUCCUGCAGUGGAGUAUUGUAGAAAUGCUUGUUAAAUAGAAGUAAUGGUGAUGGAUUUGGUGAAUGUAAAAGGGUUGCUGCUGUUCUCUUGGAAGCAAAACUGGUGUCCAAAAGAAGGAGGCACGCAGUGCUCCAGACUGCAAGUGAAUUCCUGCCCUUGAGCUUCCCAACCGAAGUGUAAUCAUGGAUGUCCUCGUGCAUUGUGGGCGCUCACAAAAUGCCCGUGUUUAUUGCUGGGGAUGUCUGGUGCAGUGUGAAUGUCCCCUUUUAGGAAGCCUUGGGAAACAAUAUAUGUCCCAUAGCUUUGGGUGCACAUUGCAUUUCAUCAGAGAGCCUGGGGGAACACAGGCGAAGAGACUGCGCCCAUUGUGUUCAUUACUGCAUAUAUCCACUCUUUGCUACUUCCCAUUUGGAAAGAUCCAUUCAUUCUCUAAGCAGCUCCUCCCACAUCCCCACGUACUUACGGCAGCGCUGAUGAAAGCAGCUCCUGCUUCUCAGAAGCCUUUAGCAAGAUCACUCCCAACCCAGGCUGAGCACAGGGCUUGGCUUCCUCAGGAGCAGCAGGCAGGGCUCACACAGCGCAGCAGUGGUAACAUCACUCAUGGUUUCCCAGUGUAAGUUCUGAGUAUGGUGGGAAAAAGGAUGCUUACGUUUAGAGUUUGUGCAGGAUGAGCAUUGCAUGGGAUUUCAGCAGGGCCAAGAUUUGACUCCUGGUGACUUCAGUAGGGUCAGAAUCUCUCUUCAUCCUCUUAAAUUUGGGAGUAAGUUAGAAGUGAUUUGGGUGACAAAGUGCAAAAUAAUCUCACAUGUACCCUUGUUGCAAAAGCAACACGCCCACUUUUGGGGCAAUAAGAAGAGGUAGCUGAGAAAGCAUCAGAGAUUGUAUCUCUAGAAUUCAAUUGGAUUAAGGCCCUUGUACUACUCAAAUCCCACUGUGCUUCUGCUUUAAUGCCAGCCAAAUCCAAAGCUUGCAAAAAUAAAAGCAAAGCGCUUACCUGCUCCCUCUCCUCUGGGAUAUUCCUUUAGCUCCACAGAAGAUCACACAAAACAAGUCUUUUCUAAGGACUGCUCAAACAGACAACGAUCUUCCCAAGGGUUAGAUGUAAAGAAACUCAAUUUUUUAAGGCCUGCCACCUUUAUCUUCUGGUGAAACUCCCACAGCCACCUCGGUGUAACUGAGGAAAACAUCUGGCUCGUGUUGGUAUUCUUGUUUGAAUAUUGAAUUCAUUGCUGUAUCACUGUCCCCAGGGGCACCUCGUGUCUGCUGAGCUACUCAAAUUAGAGAUUAACCAAUUCCUCCUAGAAAUAUUGCACCUCUCUUCUUUAUUUCCCCUCUCGUUGCAUAGUGCUGUGAUGACCAGCAGCUGAUACACACACUUAUCCACCUGGGUUCCUUUUAAACUAUUAUUAACUCUCCUCAUAGAAAAUAAUACUUCUUCCUAGAAUGCCCAUGCUUUGCUGCGUAUCUACCUGCAUGUUUUCAUCCUGCUGUACGCAGGUGGAGCACUUACCUGUUCAAAGCAGCUUUUCCCAAAGCACAGCUGUUAAAUACCUGGCUUCCACUUGGCACAUCUGCUCUUCUUUCCUACCGUGGACAGCAGCACUCCCUUUCAGUGCCAUAUAAGGGCUAAUACAGCCACAGGCACAACACUCAACCUUAAAGCGUAACAUAAACAAGUAAACAGAUAAACCCAACCAUCUGAUUUAACCCAGACCUCUGGUAGCAGUACCGGGGCUGCCCAUUCUUGAGCACCACCUACUGGUACAUAAACCAGCGAUGCUCAUGAAGACGCAGAGCAUCUCGUAACAGCUUCCCAUUCACAUCCAUUUCAGGGCACCUGGCCGGCACUGAGCACAGCCUGCAGGCUCUGAUCCCACAGCUGGAAGCCCAGGGCAACCCGCUGUAAGAGCUGAGCUGUGCCAGGUUCCAAACGGCCCUGCAGGGCCUCUUCGCAAUGCUGCAGUGCAAACACGCGCAGGAGUUCAGCUUCGGGCCCCGGGCUCUGAAGGACGCACUGAUCUCCACCAACCCAGCCCUGCAGGAGCUCUAUGCCAAGGCUUUCUCCAGGGCAGAGAAGCUGUUCCUUUCUGAAGCCUACAACCCUCAGAGGACGCUCUUUUGCACGCUGCUCAUCCGGACAGCUUUCGAUUGGCUCCUCAGCCACCCCGAUGCACCCGAGGACUUUGAAACCUUCUACCACGCCAUGCUGAGGAGAAAGCAGAGCUACUGUAGGAAGCACAUCUACCUGCAGCCUAUCGACCUGACUGAAGGGCCUGCUGGGCCCUCACUGCUGGAUUCCCUUCAGAGCUGCGUGGAGUCCUUCUUCCUGGGGCUCCGUGUGAAGUGCCUUCCUUCCAUCCCCAUCUCAUCCAUUCACUGCUGCUACCGCCACAGCCAGGACUCGGACAGAGUGCAGCUGCACGCAGAUGGGAUCCUGAACUUCCUGAAGAACAACAAGCCCAUGGAUGCUCUGUGUGUCCUCGGGCUCACUCUGUUGGACCUGUACCCAUGUGAGACCUGGAGCUUCACGUUCAGCAAAUUCCUGCCAGGACAAGAAGUGGGAGUCUGCAGCUUUGCCAGAUUUUCUGGGGAUUUCCCCCAGGCCAGCUGCAGCAGCUUGAACCCACUGACAAAGAAAGAACAGUUAAGUGAUGUCAGCAGGGAGAGCCGAGAGCGAACCUUGCCCUUCAGUGCCCAAGAGAUGGUCCAGUGCUGUAAGGUGACCUGCCAUGAGAUCUGUCACCUGAUGGGCCUGGGGACGUGCCGCUGGCUGCAGUGCAUCAUGCAGGGUGCGCUGAGCCUGGAUGAAGCCCUGCUGCGGCCCUUGGAGCCCUGCCCCAUCUGCCUGCGCAAACUGCAGCACGUCGUGGGCUUCAAGCUUGUCGAGCGCUACAGGAAGCUCUAUGCUUGGACACAGACCGUGCUGUCCACGUGGCCAAAGCAGGAGCCAGCAGACCUGUCAGCCUCAGAGGACAUCCUUCCGCUCAGCUCGGACUCCGGGAUGUGCUGUGAGAACGACUCCGAGGCCGUGACCUCCUUGUCAGAGCCGCUGACACCAGACGUGUGCAGCCAGGCGCUCUCCAUCGGCCCGGAGCUGGAGCAGGACGAGCGGUCGUGUUCGCUGGCUGAGGUGCAGAGUCAGCCCCAGCCGGCCGGGCCCAGCCAGCCCACAGACGUGGUUAAAGAUUACGAGCUGUGGCUGGAGAUGUGCAUCGCUGCCCUGGAGAGGAACGUCUCUGAGGAGGAACUGGUUGAGGUAGACAAGGCUGUGGAUGCUCUGGCUCGGUGGGACAUGUUCACGGGACAGCUGCCUGCUAUGAGGAAGGAUCUGCCCUUUGUUCGGGACAACACCGGGCUACGGAAAGUCCUCGGAGACAAAUUUUCCUCUUUAAGGAGGAAACUGAGUUCCAGAAAACUGUCCAAAGGGGAAUCAUCCCCUCAUCGCUGGCGGUGGGAGGACAACUAACAAGGGCCUGCUUUUGGAUGGGCCGGCUUUGCUGCCGAGGCUUUGGCUGCAUUGCUGCCCUGCUUCUGAUCUCUCCCCAUGAGUUGCUGCUUCCACAGAGAAACUGGAACUUCCCCAGGAAUAAAAGAUGUUUCUUUUUUUUUUCUUUCUGA